CACGUCCAUGGGUGGAGCAGACCUGAGACCCAAAUGCCGUCCCACUAGCAAGGCCCUGGUGCGAGGGACGGCUGCUGGAUGCAUGUCGAUGAAGGACUCAUCCUCAGAAACUUCCCUGAGUGUCCUUAAUCGUUUUGGGGGCUGAUGCAUGAUGGCCCACAGCCAGUCUCGGAAGCGAUCGCGAAGCAGGAGCAAAAGCAAGUCUCGGAGCAGACAGGAGAGGAAGGAGAAGAAAAGGAGGAAAAGCAGCAAGGACUCACACCAGGGCAGCAGGUCUCCUCCAAGGAAGCGGACCUCUGGGUCUCACAGACACAAGUCGAGCUCAGCAGCAGCUAGGGAAGAAAAGAAGAAGGAAAGAAAGGAUAAGAAGAAGAGGAAGACAAGUACCUCUUCCUCUGAGACAGCAUCUUCAUCCACCAGCUCCUCCUUGUCUUCCUCUUCCUCCAGCUCCUCUUCUGAUGACUCCAGUGACAGUGACUCCAAAACAAAGAAGAAGCGACAUAGCAAAAAAAAGCGAGCAAAACCAAAAGACAAAAACAAGAAGAAGAAGAAGAGAAUGAAGAAGAAAUCAAAAAAGAAGUCAAAGGAAAGGACUAAGGAGGAGAAAGCCAAGGGAGAAGCAGUGCCCGGCCCCUCGCUGGAGCAGUGGCAGAAGGAGUCACUGGUGGACUCUGGACCAGUUUUGACAGAUGAACAAAAAUCCCGAAUCCAGGCUAUGAAGCCAAUGACAAAGGAAGAAUGGGAUGCAAGGCAGAGUGUCAUAAGGAGAGUCGUGGAUCCUGAAACGGGGAGAACAAGGCUUAUUAAAGGAGAUGGCGAAGUACUGGAAGAAAUUGUCAGCAAGGAGAGACACAAGGAGAUUAACAAGCAAGCCACCCGGGGGGAUGGGCUGGCCUUCCAGGUGAGGACGGGGAUGCUGCCAUGAGCGCGCAGGCGCCAGCCAUGCCGGAAGCCUGUCCUGCUGCUGGUGCCAGCGCAGGCACGAGCCUCUCUCUGGACGAUGCAGACAGCACCGCAUCAAGAUGCUUCCCCAGGGGCAGUUUCCAGCCAUUCUGUAAGUUACUGACUGGGAGGGAGAGUGACUUUAACGGUUCAUCGCCCAGUAAACAGCUUCUCCCCUCCCUCUCCUGACCUGAGCCAGUGUGGCUGUAACGCAUUUAGACCUACUUGCCCCGAUGCCCCUUUCGAGGCCGGAGGAGGUCAGCAGCACCCAGGGCACAGGCUUGCUGGUGCUGAGCACCUAGACGUGCUGCUGCCCCUCAGCUCUGGGCUUUGGUGGGCAGGAGCCAGCGUGGCGGCCAAGACAAGGUAUGUGCUAGGGCUGCAAAAUAUGCAGCUGGCUGCCACUUCCUUCUCUUCAGGGGCUGCUCUUGGCCCCUUCCUUGCUGGAUCUGCAUGCCCCAUGCUUACCUGGUGCUGCAGGCUCGCGGGCCCUUUGCACUCACCCACCCCACUGAAAGAGGAGCAGCUGUGCUGCUGCGUGGCUCUGCUCAGGCUGCAGCUCUCCUCUGCGCCUUCGAGUGCCACCCUCCGCUGCGCCCCAGGGGCUUUACUCAGCCUUUCGGCAGCUUCAUCUCAUCGGGUGGUGCUGGGGGGACCACUGACCUGGCACGCCAUGCUGGGGAGUGGGCAGGCAUGCUUUGCAGAGGGGUGGCUUUGCCUUGCUGUCUGUUCCUGCAUGCGACUUGUGUCCCUUCCCUACAGUGCAGGCCCCGGGCAGCAUUAGGGCUCUGGGCUUCUCAGGGCCUGUGCCCACGGCCGCUGUGAAGCAAACAGCUCGCCUUUCCCCCACUGCAAAGUCCAUAAAUCUAGAAACUGUUAAAAAAAAAAAAAAAAAAGAAAGGACAAAUGUAUUAAAGGACAAAUGGGUUCUGCAGGACUGAUCUGCACAGAGGGUUUCCACAUUCUGUUCAUUGCUGUAACCCCAUUAAACUGGCACCUGCUCACA